AUGAACCACCUGAUAAGAUACGUCCGCGAAGUAUUUUGUGCCCAGCCUUUGCGUCGUUUCGUGCAUGAGCUCUGCCUGCACAAAUUACAUAUUGAGUUCUGGGUUAUUGACAGAUCAGGUGCAUACAGCUCGAGGGAAAUUGUUGUAAUUGGGAGUCGAGAAAAAAAGGUUCGAGCGCUAUCUUCGUACAUGCGAAUGAGUGACGAAGAGCUUGGGCUAGAUACAAUAACUAGAUAUGAUGGGAGCCGGCUCUUAGCAACUAUACCAGACGGCGACAAUCAGCCGGUAAUUAUGCAGGUGGCACCCGAACCAGUAGCCCGACCAGAGACAAUAAUGUCUAGAGCAAAUACCUGCUACCGGACAUUGGAUAGGACAAAUUUAAUAAAGAUUUUAUGGGGCUCAGAAGCGAUACGGCCAGAAAUAGAUUCUCUGGAACUUGCACGAAACUUGGAAGGUGUUAUCAAUCUUGAAUGGUCAAAGGAACUUUAUGCAGUUGAAACACACUGGAGAAAGAUACAAUUUUCAAGUGGAGAUCAAAUAUUCAUUAAAGAUUCGCAAUAUAUUCCUUUCAGGGGCCAAGAAAUGACGUCAACAAGUAGUCAACAAUAUUACAAGAAACGUAGACUCAUCAUUGCCAAGCUUUCGCCAUAUGGUCGACCUCUAAAGUCCUGCACCUCUGUUUGGGAGUUACAAAGCGGCGUCCGUGAUGGGAUAAUUGGACACUACAAGCUGCUCAAUAUGGCUAAAAUUCUCCAGCGAGAUAUAUCCGAGGGCAAUAUAAUUAUGACCAGACCAGAUAAAAAGGGCAUAACAAAAGGUAUGCUGAUUGACCUAGACAUGUCAAUUUCGCUGAACUUGAGUGAUCAUCCGGCUGGGGCAGAUAUUAUAAUGGGUACAGUGAAGUACAUGGCUAUAGAAAUUGUAAAGAAUGUCAGUAAUGGAAUAUUCAAAUAUCAUAAGAAUUAUCGGCAUAAUUUGGAAUCAUUUUUUUACGCUUUUCUAGUUGGAUGUAUCACCUACGGACUUCACUCACGAUCUGCCCCCACUCAUUUAAAUAAGUGGUACACAGCUGAUCACGGUAAUAAUUUUCGUACGAAGAAAUCUUUUGUCACUGAUGAAUUUGAAGAGCAAAUCCUGAACUACUUCUCGCCAAGCUAUGAGGAUGUAAAAAGUUUGGCAUGUGAUUUACGUCGAAUACUUUUUAUAGGAAAAUUAUAUCCAUGA